CUUCCCUCUCCCCCCCUUUGACGAUCCGCCACUGUCCAUUCUUCUUACGAACUCUCACCGUUCUUGCGAAUAACCAAACCAAACGGACCGAUAUCUUCACUUGUCUUCGGUAUACCACGUGGUAUGGAUGUAACGCCGGCUAGUGUAUAGUGCAUUGAACUAGUAGUAAGACCGUAUUGCACUUUUCGAACUGUUUUGUGAUUUGAGGGGAUUUUAGGAUUUGAUUUCAGUGAUUUUAUUGUGUUUUGAUUCCGUGAUUAAAAUGUGGUGCUACAUGUGAUUUUGUUUUUUUUUCUUAAAAGACAUCUCAUUCAUCAAAAUACUUAGCAUGAUCAACUCAAGGCAAAUGAAGCGAAAAAUAUGAUCCCAACUUGCAUAGCGGUUUUGGUGAUUGCUCUUCUGCAAACGUCAAAUGGUUGCCAGUUUUAUCCACCUGGAGAAUACCUCAGAUUUGUCCGGGUACCGGAAAGCCUGAAGGUUGGAGAAGAAGUUCUUAAAAUAAAUAUUUUUCCAAGGAACCAGCUUUAUCUCCAACCGAUCGACAAGGCUCAGGAUGUUUAUUACUUUACAUACCGAGACUUCAACGAAACAACGGUAUCUCUAUUGCUCGCCAAAUCGCUUGAAGAUGUAGUGGACACCGACAAUCCGAGAAAUGUUCUGAAAUUCAAGAUCAGCUGCGAUUAUAACGAUGGAGAGGAUACGAUUACAUCCUCGCUAUCCGUCACGGUUUACGUGGAAGACGUAAAUGACCAUGCGCCACUUUUCACGGGACUUCCAUACGAAGUCGCAGUGGAUGAACUAACACCUGUUGGUUUAUCAAUAUUUAGAGGCAUCAAAGCUACAGAUCGCGACAAACCAAACACGCCGAAUUCCGACGUGCAGUAUGCAAUUGUUUCGGGCAACGAACGCGGCAAAUUUGCUUUGGAAAAUAGCCAUCAAGCUAACUUGAUUCUAAAAAGAUCUCUGGAUUUUGACAGCGGCGAUCGGGAGUUCCGUUUGACAGUCACAGCUUCGGAUCGUGGAACCCCACCACGCAGUACCAACACCACAAUAAAAAUAAGAGUUACUGACAAUGAUGACCUUCCACCAAAAUUUACAAAAGGCGUUUACAGAGCCAAAAUCUCCGAAUUUUAUCCAAUAACUGGUAACAGAAUUCAUUAUCGACUGAAAUUCGAGCCUCCGAUUUACGCAUUCGAUCAAGAUCUAGCCAUAGAGACUCCCAUAAGAUACGACAUCAUUGCGGGUAACGAGAGACACCUGUUUUCUCUGGAUCACGUGAACGGGUCCCUAUUCCUGGAGCGAGAAAUAGAUCUGGAUUCGGAAAGGUCCCUUCCUGGAAACACUUUCGUCCUUCAGAUCCAAGCUUCGCAAAUCGACAACCCUUUGAAAACUGGGGUGGCCAGGGUGGAAGUGGAAGUAGCGGAUCUGAAUGACAAUCUGCCGGAGUUUGAGGUUGAUUUUUACAACAUAAGUAUCGUGGAAAAUCUACCGAACGGAUUCAGUGUUCUGCAGAUAGUGGCCACUGAUCAGGAUCAGGGCGAUAAUGCGGAUUUUUCUUACCAGCUAGAAGAUAUAAGUGGAGCCUUUACGUUGGAUUCCAGAACUGGGUGGUUAACUGUUCGAGAUCAAAAUGUAUUGGAUCGGGAAAAACGUUCCUCCAUCAAUAUGCGCGUGUUUGCGAAAGAAAAGCAACCAAGCGUUGUUACGGCGAAACUUGGUGCCUCUUCGGUGCGCAUUGAAGUCACGUUGCUGGACGCGAACGACAACAAUCCCACUUUUAUCCCGAACAACCUGUUCGACUUUGCCGUCACAUCGCCAGCAAGAAAAGGUGACGUCGUGGGACAAGUGGACGCGAUAGAUCCCGAUUUGGGAAAAAACGGAUUGGUGCAGUACACUUUGCAAAAACCUGCCAAUGCAUCGGUAAUUCCGUUUAAAAUCGAUGGAAGAACUGGCAAAAUCGCAGUGACAAUGUCACUAAACAUCACCAAGUAUUUGUUGUUUGUGGAGGCGACAGAUCAGCCAACGAACCCUAGCGAACGAAGAACCGCCUUGGCUGUAGUUUCAGUGGAUGUUCAGGAUCCUAAAUCUAAAGGUCAUAAGGAUGUGUUAGCGUUUGUUGGAGCCCCAUACGAAUUCUGGGUCGGUGGAAAUGUUGAUGUUGGUACCAGUGUUGGUCAAAUACGGAUCAAUGAUGACCGAACUCCUGUUAUGUAUGAUCUUUUGCAUAGCUAUCAUGAAGGAGUGCCGUUUGCCGUUGAAGAAAAAACUGGCACCAUAACAGUGAUUGAAGAAUUGGAAAAGUUUAACAGGCUUAACUUCGAUUUUGAAGCAGUUGUCGCCAAUGAAAAAGACGUUAAUUUGGCCACAAAUGUUACCAUACACAUUGUUGAUCCAAAAGAUGAAAAAACGGUUUUGAUGAAGACCGGCACAUCCCCAAUCGAAUUCCACGUCAAGGAGAACCAACCCAACGUGCUCAUAGGGAAAUUAGGUUUCAAAAACGCGUCGACGAACGCGUUACGUUUCUCAAUAGCCAAUCAGAAAGACGUCACUGAUGUGAUAUCCAUAACGAGCGAUGGGACACUGUACACCCAGCAACCAUUAGAUAGAGAAUCACGCGACGUGUACAGGCUUACCAUCAUAGCCGAGUACAACAAGGGCUCUAUCAGCGGAACGGGUAUCUAUCAAGUUACGGUGUACGUCGACGAUGAAAACGACAACAAACCUUUAUUCGAACGCAUGAAAUACGAGGGAAAAAUCAAGGAGAACUGUAAGUCUGGAACUGAAGUCGACCUAAACUAUUCGGUGCACGUGAACGAUAAAGACGAAGGGAACAACGGCAUGUUUACCGUCACCAUAUUCGGUAACGGAAGCGAUCUGUUCAGAUUGGAUAAAACCACCGGAAAAAUAUUCUUUUUGAGCGCCGAUACCCCGUUGGAUAGAGAGGAAUCGGAUUCCUUUCACCUUCGCUUAGUGGCCAAAGAUAAAGGUGGUUUAUAUAGCGAGGCGAAACUACAAAUCAAAAUAGAGGAUGAGAACGAUAAUCCACCGGUAAUCACGCAAUUGAUAAUAAACAAAGAAAAAGGCGCCAGUGUGUUGGAGUACGACAAAUCCGGUAACCGAGUCGGUCACUUUGAGCCUUUCAAAAACAGUUCGGAUGACGUGUACGUCCUAACGCAAGCCUACUUAAGAUCGAGACGCGUUAGAGAAAAAGUGUCGCCUCUCAUAUCGCUAGCGGAAGACGCCAACGUAGGUACGAACUUCGUAAAACUGAUCGCUGAGGAUAGGGACGAUGCCGAGAACGCCGUCAUCAAAUACGAAAUGAUUUCGGAAACGUUUAUACCGCACGAGGCUUCCGCCGAACCAUUCCACAUAGUGCAAUACUUCAUGAUACACACCACAACAGGUGAGGUUGGCAUCGCGAGAAUAUUACCCCCGGAAAGCGAGUUUAGACUCAACAUAUCCGCGAGUGAUAAGGAAGGUCUAAAGGAUAACAUAUCGGUGAGGAUUCUGGUGAAGGACGUCAACAAUCAUCCACCGGUGUUCAAGAAGUCUGGUUAUAACUUUGACGCGGAGGAAGCCACCUAUUCGAAGAAGGUUAUCGGUAAAAUAGAGGCGAUGGAUGUGGAUUUCGGUCACAAUUCAAACAUCUCGUACAGUGUUAAGUCUAACGAUGCGAAGAAUAUUCCCUUCGUUAUAUCCUCGACGGGAAUUUUGAGCGUCAAAGGGGUUCUGGAUAGGGAAACCAAGGAUAAGUAUUCCUUCGUGGUGAUUGCCAAAGACAAUCCAAUAAAAGGAGCGAGUCUCAAUAGCUCCGUCAACGUUGAGGUGAAUGUUUUGGAUGUAAACGAUAACCCGCCCACUUUCUAUGGUUAUGAUGACGUGGUUGUUGUGAAUUUGCAAAAUAAUCACAACUAUCAAGACAAAAUUCCUGUGUAUUACGCCAAUGCCGCCGAGAAUAGUCCGAUCGGAACACCAAUUACCCGAGUCUUCGCUAACGACUCAGAUUUUACCGGAAACGGCAAUGGACUCAUUCUCUUCGACAUCCCCUACAAUAAAAAGCACAAACAAAGCUUGUUCUCGAUCGAUUCGAAGGAAGGGGUUGUAACUACAAUCGGGAAACUUGACUACGAGACCGAAAAAUCGCACAACGUGACAAUUAUCGCCUCCGACUUAGGAUCGCCUAGUCUCAGUUCCACGGCUCUCCUGAUCGUGAACGUAAUAGACGUCCCGGAAGACAUAAAAACAAUCGAGCAUCCGGUUUUCGCGCACCGCUACUACGAAGUCGAGGUGGAGGAGAACGUCCCCACGCCCCUCAAACUGCUCACCCUAAACGUUACCGAGUCCUACAGAUCGCACAAGUUGCGUUACAGCAUCGUAGCCGAUGAUGACAGCGACGUAAAGAAGACUUUCAAAAUCGAUGCGAGAAACGGGUCGUUGUACAUCACCAAGAGUCCGGAUCGAGAGAAAAAGGCACUCUACGAGUUGAUUAUACGCUUGGAUCAGUACAAAGUCGGCCGGGAUAUGACCGUGAUGAUCUAUCCUGUUACGAACGAAAGACUGGGAAAUAUAGGUUUAAACGAGGUAAAAGUUAUUGUUAGAGUGACAGACUUAAAUGAUAAUGUUCCAAAGUUCACAAUAGCUGGAAGGCCUAUUGUAGCUGCUGUUCCAACUACGGCUAAUUACGGCUAUCACGUUAUACGACUGCAGGCAAGAGAUUUGGAUUUGGGAUUGAACGGUGAGGUUCGUUACCAAAUACUAAGCAGGACGGACGAAACAAGCCGAAGAUUUGCCAUUGACCCUAUCACUGGUCAAGUUCGCGGUGUAUCGAGCUUUAGUGGAGAUGCCGGAAAAGUUUUUGGUUUCGAUGUGAAGGCUACGGACCGAAGAGGAGCCGACGAUGGAAAAUCAUCGAUUGCAAAUGUCUUUGUAUACGUAUUGGAUGAAGACAAGCAACUGGUUAUGGUGGUAGGCCUUGCACCCACUGCCGUGGAGAAAAGCGUUGAUAAUAUAACAAUGGCUUUAUGCAAUGCCACUGGUUUUGAUAUUAGAAUACGCAAAUUAGAACCACAUCUCGAAAGGAAUCAAAUUGAUAGUAGCGCGACUGAUAUGUAUUUAUAUGCAGUAGACCCAAUACUUAACACCGUCGUAGAUAUGGAUCAAUUACAAAAGGUGCUUCAGACCAAGCACAACGAGAUAGAACGCAAGCUGGAAGGACCUCGAGUCCUGGCGGUUGCGAGCGGUCUCAUCGAGCGGACCGCAGGCAAAAGUCAGCGCGGCCUCCUUUCAACCCUCGAAGCUGGAGUCAUAGUGCUGGGAUGCGUGGUGUUCGUGGGGGCGCUAGCAACUGCGGUGUGCGUACUUUGCGUCCGUAGAAGGAAGCGCAGAUUGCUACAGAAGACUUUAUCGCAACAACCGAUGAGUUACACGAUAGCUUCUGGCGCCCUCUCGAAGUCCACGCUGUACCCGUCGACGUACGGGGACUAUCCGCGCGCAGCUGCAGCUCUGGACCUGAGUCCGCCUUCUGGAUACCCGCUGAGGCACGCCAGCAGCUGUCCCAGGGUGGCCGGGAUGAGACCCGGGUUUAGGGAGCGCUCCAGGAGCACCGGAUGCAUGGAGAAGUCCAUCGCGUCCGUGCACUCCAGCGGUCACGACUCCGGUAUUGCGGACGGUGGCGUAGUGCACUGCCAGUGCGGGCAGUCCAGCAGCCAGUCUUCUUCGGCCAGCAGCAACAGCUAUGAAGAUUCCCUGCAGUCUGUGGCUCAACAUCGUCAAAUGCAGAGUGGUUCAUACCAUCUGAACACUGCUUCUCCUAGCAGAAGUAUUCUGCAAAGAAGAUCCAGAAAUAGGUCGAUUACGGAAGAUAUUGUUCAACCGAAUGGUUUCCAACACAUGCAGUCUCAUCUUGCACCAGCUCCUGGUGCUUUUCUCAUAUCUGGGCCUUCAGCUCUCAGACGGUCCACUGAGAGGCUCAUGAUGUGUUCUGUAAACCCUUGUUAAAAAAUUAUGAUUAAUCGUUAAAUUAUGUUCAUUUAUGAUAAUAGUAUAGGCAAAUAAACAGCUUAUCGAAGUGAACAUAUAAAGUUACCAUUUUGUAAAUACGAUGAAAAUAUUUAUUCUUGUUAAAUUUAUUUA